AUGUACGUGGUGGUCUCAAUCUACCGAGGCAGUUACCGCUGCAGCUUCUACAACACCUCUGCGGGCGAUACGGGCAAACACGAGAAAGUGACGCUCUACCGCCUGACGCCGCUAAAUGUUACGGGUCUGAGGAACAAGAACACGGGCGAUGCCUACGGCGACAUCAACUACUGGAUCUCGAAGAAGAAUAUGUCGCGGAUCUGCGCCCAGGAUCCCCGUGCUCAUGGCUGCAUCGAUGCUUCCGAGGAUCUCUACGGCAUCUUCACCCUAGAGAUCGACGGCCAGUAUGGACCGUACCUGCAGUGCAAUCCGGUGCAAGGUGGAGGACCGGACCCGGUUCACAAUCCACUCUGGAUGGACACAUCGAACUUCAGCUGUGGUCAGAACUGCAUCAUUGCCACGACGGAAGGCUGCUGGAAUCACGGCCUUCCACCAGCGGUGAAUGCGACGUCCAUGUGGGGUGACUAUCACUGUUCCUGCGACGGCAGCCGCCGGGACAACCUCACGGUGGGCCGCGCCGCACCUCCUUUCCUUGGGAAGGGUCCGCCUGGCUGGGUGCCGCAAUGCCGAGGUUACGAUCCCCCAGAGAAGGGACGAUGUUUCACUGGUCGCCUACUGCGCUCGCUGACAGCCUGGAGCACAGCCGCCAUGAUGACAAUGGCAUGUGAGGAGUGUCGCAAGGACGAAGCUUGCUCAGGCUGGUCACUGGCAGCGGACAACACCAGUGUGCUCUUGCUCACCGGUAACCUCACACAGGAAGAUGCCAACUGCUCCGCCAGUGCUGCCACAACAGACUUCACCAGGAGAGCCUCCUGGUUUGGCAUUGGCGAUCUUGGCGGGCUUUGGUAUUCCACACCCACGGAAGGAGAGUGUAGAGCUGGUGCCCUCUUGGGCGAGGAAGGCUGCACCUGGCGAGAGGUCUUGUCGGCCUACAAGAAUGCCAGCUGCGUCGGUCAGAAAGUCGAUGAAGUUGUAGAGCAGUUUGGUGCGACCUGUUUUGGCCGCUGUGCGCAGCCGCUUAACCACACCUCGGACUGCUACUUGAGCUGCUAUCGAGACCUGUUGGAUGGCAAUGCUGCGAAAAACAUCACGAAGAUUCCACCGAAAAUGGUGGUCGAUGCUUGGGUGCACGCCCUCGAGCGUCCGCCUGUCGAAGGAGGCUGCCCAACGGUGGUGCCUGAACCUUGCCGUGGACGUCAGUGUGAUCCGCUCUUGGCCUGGGAGGCUCACGGGGAAGCUCCACUCUGA